AUGUUAAGUUUAAUUUUUAAACAGCGACUAUGUACUUGUGAUACUAGAUUUUUAACAAUAAUUACAUCAUUGGCUUGGUUUGUUCUACCAAUUAUUUACACCAUUUAUACAAUACAUGAAAUUGAUCCAAUCCCAUUUGGUUGUCCAUCUAAUUACGAUUAUAAAUCUGAAAUAACCAAAACAGCUUGUAAAAUUCGAGCUGCAAAUUUUAUUUUUAUGUGGUUAUAUUUAGCUUAUGCUAUCUUUAGUCUCAUCAUUAUGUGUAACCUGAUGUUUGAUUCACAAGUUGAAAAACCUAUUACUGAAAUUGAGAUAAUUGAAAAUGGUGAUGAAAGAGAUGAGGAUCAAAAUGACAAAUUAUCGAGCUAA